AUGAAGAAAGCAAAGAAAUCCUUGAGCACACAUCCCACUACCACUAGACCCUCCACACCCAUUACACGAUCCACUACUAUUAGACCUACUACUUCUAAUACACAACUCUCCACCGCUGAAUCAGCCACAUCCAUCACACAACCCAACACUAAUAUACCUAUUACUUCUACUACACAACUCUCCACCACUGAAUCAGCCACUACACGAUCCAGCACUAAUAACGAUAGACCUACACAACUCUCCAUCGCUGAAUCAGCCACAUCCACCACACAAUCUAACACUAAUAUACCUGCUACUUCUACCACACAAUCCAGUACUAAUAGAGAUAGACCUAUUACUUCUAAUACACAACUCUACAUCGCUGAAUCAGCUACAUCCACCACACAAUCUGGCACUAAUCAACCCGCCAUAUUUACCACACAACCAACAACAACUUCACAAAUCACUCCAUCUAGACACACUAAUGUUCUGCUUAGCUUUUCUAGCUCUUCUAGCUCUUCUAGCUCUCCUAUUAUCCAAGAAGAAUAUGAACGUGAUACCAUGAGAAGAAAUAGAAAAUUCGAAGAAUUAGAAAACGAAAAUCUACGGCUAUGGAAAGUAAUUAAUGAGCUUCAUGGUGUCACAUUACGGCAAGAUCGUAACAUAAUGGGCAUAACGGACCAAAUCAAUUAUUUAAUGUCCUCCGUUAGCACUUUGAUUGACGAUAUUGACGAAUUGUAUGAUUUAAGUCAAUCUGAUGACCAAGACUCGUUUGAGUGGGUGAUGGAAGAAUCUUCAACUAAUGCAUUACGAAGGUCGGCUCCGGAAGCAACAACCAGGUUGAAUACAAUAGUUGAUGAUGAUAUGGAUCGAAAAAGGAGAAAAGUUUUCCUUAAUCUAAAAGAAAAGGGCACCAAAUCUAAAGACAAAAUGGCAGAAAAUACGUUUCCUGUUUUUUUCAGCAAUUUGGGAGAUCGUUACAAAACAAGCCGACAUAAGUUGGCAGAAAUUCGGCGACAAUAUCCUACUAAAUCAUCCCGAAAUACGUUAUCAAUUCAUCAGGAUCCAUUCCAUCUCGAUGACUGGUUACAUAUAAACUCUCAGCAACCUGAAAAAAUGACCCGACAUACGGAGGCGUUUAGAUACUUUUCCAUAAAGAAUGGUAAACGUACUAAUAAGUAUGAUUUAGAUGAGUUAAGAAAACUGCUAAACAAAAGCGAUCAUGAAAGUUCCGAUGCUGAGGAAAGGGAUGAAAAUAGUUACGCGUCCUUUAACUUACCUGAUAUAUCCCGGAGAUCUGAUAAAUUAAGUAAUCUCUACCUUGAUGCCUUUUCUCCGAAUUACGUGAGGCCACAUCGGAAAUCGUUCUUCUUAAACUUAUCUGCACCAGAGGACCUUCUGGAUUGGGAAAUGACUGAAAGUGAUGACGAAUGUGAUGAAGAAAGUGAUAAUAGUAGUAGUGAUAAUAGUAGUAGUGAUGAUA